GAUUCUGCAGCUCAUUAGUAAGUUCAGCCGAGUAAGCGCAGUAGUUUAGCCGAACAGUUAGGGGUUAAAAAAAAUAAGCAGAAAACGACCAUUGUGAUCAGUACCUCCACACAGCCUGCCGCUAUUCUAAAAGAGUGCUCGUUUAUAUCUCAUUAAGCUUUAUUUUGAAGGGGUGUGUCCUCUUGAAUGUAUUAUUUUGAUUGUGAACCUGACGUCAGCGGACAGCUGUGCGUACUGGCGCUUUCAGUGCAGGAUGUGCAAGGACAGCAGUCGCUGCACUGACCGGGCUGUUGUGGUUUUUUUUUCGUCCGCUGGAGAGAGAGGCAGGCACUGGGCUGUGUACCUUUAAGAGAGGGCGGAGAGAGUUAGAGCCCCGGGCUGUGUGUUGAGCACAGCGCUGAUCCUGUUUAGGUAUCUCUUCGUUUUCUCUCUUCUGUUUUCUUCGUGCUGAUUUUACUGUGUUAUGUAUUAUUCAUGAUUGACGCUCGGAGGCGGGGUUUCUGCAAAGUAUCAAUAAUAACAGCAGUGUCGAGGAGGCGGGCACGCUGACACUGAAGAUCCAUGUCUCCUCCAGUGUCAGACUGAAAACAUGAUAGAGAUGUCAUUUGACAAAGAAACUGUUUUAUCUUGUGAGGGGCAAACAGACCCCACUUCCCAACAGCACUCAGAACUUACAAGAAACGAUACCAGCACUCUCCAUCUGUCCGGGAAGACCGCAGUUAUAAACCUCAGCAAAGAGACUGGUGAAGAGGCAGGAAGUGAGACAUCACUGGAACAAAGCGCUACCACAGACAACAAUGCUCAGAGUGAAAGUGGGGUUGCUGGGGUCGAAACGUCUACACCCAAUCAAAAUGGCACCCAGCAGCCCAAACCUCAACAGCAGAAAGUCAACAAGCGUCGCAGUACGAUGAGCGCUGGAUUCAAACACCCCGGUUAUGGUAAACGACGACGGCGCACCAACUCUGAGAGCGAGUCGGUCCUGCCAACCAACUUCCUGCUGGGCGGGAACAUUUUUGACCCACUCAACCUUAACAGCCUUUUGGAUGAAGAGGUGAACCGGGCUCUCAACGCAGAGACGCCCAAGUCCUCGCCUUUGCCGGCCAAAAGCAGAGACCCUGUAGAGAUCCUGAUACCCAGAGACAUCACAGACCCGCUUAAUCUCAACUGCCCCAGUGCAGGAGACAGCAGUCUGUUGGUGUCUCCUGUGAAAAGUGGCGGAGGCAGGCGAAGACAUCGGAACAAGCACCACGGCCCGAGCACUGGAAGAGUUUCGGGUGAAGGAAUGGUACCUCAGAUUGAUUUGUCGGAGUCUAAUGGCUGUGCAGCAGUACAAGAUGAGGGAACAACAACAACAACACUCUCCUCAACACAUUCGCACUCAAGUGCUGAGGCGAGCACAGUUGUUCCUGAGGACCAAACCCUGCCGGAUACAACUCUUGAGGCGCAGGGUUCAAAUAAGCCCAGUUUGAACACAAAUGGUGAUGAGGUGAAGGAGAAAACUACUGAGACGUCAACCACACCUCCAUCAAGCAGGCAGCGCAAACGCAGGCGUGCCGGAAGCAGAUUGGAAAGCGCAGAUGGUUCAGAUGGGAUGAGAAAUUGGGGUCAGAGAUCUGGGAGGCAAUUUCAGCCCUCUCACACUCCAGGAUCGGGCUCUCGUAGCGGAGCUGCAGAGAGGCCGCAACAGCAUGCAAACCACUGGAGGCCGCAAAGCAACAGCAACCAGCACCAACAACAAACUAAGAAGUUUCAGUAUGGCAACUAUAAUAAAUACUAUGGUUAUCGGAACCCAGGGCUGAGCGAGGAUCCUCGUAUCCGUGUCAUGAAUCCCGAAUGGUUCAGAGGGAAGGAGGUUUUAGAUCUGGGUUGCAACACCGGCCACCUGACUCUAUCAAUCGCCAAAAACUGGCGACCGGCAAGGAUUGUGGGCCUGGAUAUCGACGCGGCGCUGAUACACGCUGCUCGGCAGAAUAUACGCCACUACCUCUCUGAGGUUCGCACGCAGCAGGCCAGACGUUCUGGGGAAAACGGGGAGGGGAAUCGAGGGGAAGGGAAGGAGAGGAUUGAGGGGGAUUUAGUAGAAGAAAAGAGUCAGACGAAAGAGAAAGGCGAAGAGAGUUUUGUUACAAAAGAGGAGGGGGGUGAGACAAAAACAAAGCAUGUGGAUGAAGUGAACGACUGCAUGGAAGGAAUGGAAGUUGAUCGAGAAGAAAGGGUGAAUAAAAGCACAGAGGCCGAUCGGGGAGGAACGAGUGGGAAAAUGGAAGAUGAAGCAUCGUUAGGUCUCCCUGAUGGGAAGUGCUCAUUCCCUGUCUCGCUUCGGAUCUCAAGAGGACCCAUAGCCGGCCCCCCUUUGCCUGAAAUAAACACAGACACUCUCCCUCCUGGAGAUUUCCCUGCCAACGUGACCUUUGUCAAGGGGAACUAUGUGCUGGAAAGUGAUCUGUUGCUGCAGACACAAAGGGAAGAGUAUGAUGUGAUCCUGUGUUUAAGUGUGACAAAAUGGGUCCACCUGAACUGGGGUGAUGCAGGACUCAAACGACUCUUCCACAGGGUAUACAAGCACCUGCGGCCAGGAGGACUCUUUAUUUUGGAGCCCCAGCCCUGGAACUCCUACGGCAAGAGAAAGAAACUCACUGAGACCAUCUUUAAGAAUUACCAUAGCAUCCGGUUAAAACCGGACCAGUUCUCCUCCUACCUGACUACUGAGGUGGGCUUCUCCAGUUACGAGCUCAUCGGAACGUCACAGAAUUAUUCUAGAGGUUUUCAGAGACCAAUCUACCUUUUUCACAAAGGACCUCAGAAGUGACGCUACCAGUUAAACCGCCAACUUUGAGAAGAAAACACAAGACUUGGAUUUUGAAAACAACCAGCAUUUGAAGCCACUGGAACUUUAAGUGUUUUCCUUUGAAAGUAGACUUUCAAUAUUUUGAACUCUGAAUAUUGGGAUCUCAUUGGUGCUGAAUAAGAGAAAUUGUUCCCCUGCACUUUUUUUUCCAAGGACUCAACUGAAGAAUUACAGAUCCAAAUCGGAGAUUUUCCCUAACUCGAGCAAGCUGUUUUUAUCUCUCAUGAAGAAUGGUCUUGUUAAGAAGCACAAAGUUAAAUUGAAUCAAAUCACAAAGUAUUUUCUCCUAAGCUCCUGUUAAACACAAUUUGUUUUUCAUUUGGAAUGAAAUUCCCCAAAAUGCAAAUUCUUGAGCAACUCUGGCUACUUUCCUAGCACACAAAACUGGUAAAUCACCAUUUAGGAUUUAAAUGUUUGGUGGCUGAGUUUAUGAGCCGUUUCUUUUCUCAGAAGUAAAGAUUAGAGCAUGUUAUCAGAUGUUCAGUUUUCUGAUUUUUGCUGUUAUGUUGUUGUUGCACUGUCGUAUACUAAUUUGUUCUUUAAGUUUUGAACAAAGCAUUGCUAUUAAAAUAGCUUUUGACAAUUCUAGCAUCUGUCUGCCCAUCAACCAUUUUGCAGCCAGCAUCGCUGCCGCUUAGCAACAAAUGCCAAUAGUUACAUUUUAUGUUCAUCAGUUAUAUUGCCUGAUCUAACAGGAUCAUAAUGUUGUCCCAGGGAGUUCAGAAGCUGCAGGUUAGCUGAUUUGCUAUGUUCAAGUGUUUACUGAUCUGAUGCUCCAAAUAAGUCGGGCUGAUACCAGAAGGAUGCGAUUCCUUUUUGGUGCGGUGGGUCACCGAGAAUGAUGUUUAAACUUUUUUUUUUUUUUUUUAAAUGUGUUUUGUUCUGAUUCUCCAACUGUUAAAAGUUUAACAAAAACCGAGGUACAUUUUGUAAAUUGUUUGUCCAUUGUUCUUGUCACAAAUGAGGUAACCUUGUUGUUGUUAGUUUUAUUCCUAUUGAAAGGUUUGCACUAAAAUGAGAGAACAAAUUUGUCUCCCACAUUUGUAUUUUAUUGUGCAAAUGUAAAGUUGGUGUGUCUCUGAAAAAUGUUCUUUUCAUUCAAAGGACGCCGUGAAAUUGAAAAUAAACUACAAAAUAACA